AUGAAGGGCAGCGACAAGUUUCUGUUCGACCUCUUGUGCCGGACGUGGCCGUGCCGUUUCCUGCCGGUUCUCGUGGUCGACGAGGCGCGCGAGGAUGUUGGAGACGACGCCGACAUUGAGUACAGCAGCUUCUCCCGCAACGUGUAUGCCUUCACCAAGCAAGACUUCAAUUAUUACACGGGUGCCCUCGACGCGAAGCCUGAUCACGCCCUCAAAAGCGCGGUGCCUUUCAUGUGGUACGGACCGGAGUUACCGGGCCGCGUGCUGCACCAGCACCACAGCGCGGGCGGGCGCCAGGGGAACCACGCGGAGCCGAGCGAAGACCAGACCGUCUACAUGCAAUCCGCAAUGCUUGUCGACCUCAGCCGCAAAGUCUAG